CGAAAGACCACUGUUACCACGGCAACACCAGAGAAACAGCCAGCUUAGAGCCGCCCGGCGAGACUGUUUUCAGACUGAAAAUAGAUCCAGCUGGGUUUGGUCUGGCCACCAUCGGCUUCACCACUUUGACCAAAAUAAAGGGACAAGAUCGACGCCUGGCGACCGUUAACCGGAGGAUUUACCGCCGUUUUUUGGUGUCUCAACAGCCUACAUAUACUUAAAAAAAAUCUUAUUUAGCCUAGGCUAUAUAUUUUUGUUUUUCUUCCCGACCGAAGUGAUGUCUGUCGCGGGGUUGAAGAAGCAGUUCCAUAAAGCCACCCAGAAAGUCAGUGAAAAGGUUGGAGGUGCAGAAGGAACCAAGCUAGAUGACGACUUCAAAGAAAUGGAAAAGAAGGUGGACAUCACCAGCAGAGCGGUGUUGGACAUAAUGACCAAAACUACAGAAUACCUACAACCUAAUCCAGCAUCCAGAGCCAAGCUGAGUAUGAUCAACACCAUGUCAAAGAUCCGCGGGCAGGAAAAGGGACCUGGUUACCCACAGGCUGAGUCCGUGCUGGGCGAUGCCAUGUUGAAGUUCGGACGGGAGUUAGGGGAGGAGUCCAGCUUCGGUCUGGCGCUGAUCGAUGCCAGUGAGGCAAUGAAAGAACUCGGGGAGGUGAAGGACGCUCUGGACAUGGAGGUCAAACAGAACUUCAUUGACCCGCUGCAGAACCUCCACGACAAAGACCUCAAAGAGAUACAGCACCAUUUGAAGAAGAUGGAGGGCCGACGCCUGGACUUUGACUACAAGAAAAAGCGUCAGGGGAAAGUGCAGGACGACGAAAUCAAACAGGCUCUGGAGAAGUUUGACGAGAGCAAAGAGAUCGCAGAGCAGAGCAUGUUUAAUCUGCUGGAGAGCGAUAUAGAGCAGGUGAGCCAGCUGGCGGCGUUGGUUCAAGCUCAGCUGGAGUACCACAGCCGCGCUGCCGAAAUCCUCCAACAGCUCUCCAGCAAGAUGGAGGACAGGAUAAAAGAAGUGUCCAGUAAACCGAGGAAGGAGUAUGCUCCUAAACCCAGAAUGACCCUGGAGCUGCUGCCCCCCAGCGAGAGCCACAACGGGGGGAUACAUUCUGCCAAAUCGCCCGGAAGAUCACCAGCCCCCUUGGACCAGCCCUGUUGCCGAGCACUCUACGACUUUGAACCAGAGAAUGAAGGCGAGCUGGGCUUUAAAGAGGGCGACAUCAUCACCCUGACCAAUCAGAUCGACGACAACUGGUACGAGGGCAUGAUCAACGGCCAGUCGGGCUUCUUCCCCAUCAACUACGUGGAUAUCCUGGUGCCGCUCCCUCAUUAGGUUCUGCCAAUGACCUUACCCUACCCCCCACCCCCACCAACCAAUCCAGACACCCCGAAAACAGCCUGUAUUUGCAUAAACAACAAAACACCUUCUGCUUCUUCUUCUUCUUCUUCUUCUGUGCUUCUGUGAGAUUCUGCUUUCACAAUAUCGACUGAAAUGACUGCGACGGAGACGGGGUGGAUAACAUGAGGCAGUAGGACAGUGAUGUAGAGUAGAAUUUUAGCGUUAGAGAUGCAGAAGAGAGGCAUUGAAAGGGACGAAAAGACGAAGACAUGAUGACCUUUUACAGUACAGUGCUCAUUCAGUCGUGCUCCGCUCAGCCGGGCAGCGCUGGAUACCAAUGAGGCUUUGGAGACUUAUCAAUAAGGCACGGUGUAAAUGUACGUGCAUGUAUCUGUCUGUAUAUGCGUUUCGACCGGUUCUUACUCUGUUAUGAUAAAGCCAGCACAAAUUCCAGCUCGUCAGUUAAACUGCCGAUGGCUUUUUAGUGAUACUUUCGUCUCUCCUUAAGUUUCCUGCGAUCUUUCUCUCAAAGUACCUCUGUCUUUUCUACCUUGACUCGCCUUCCUGUGCUUUUCUGUCUUCUUAUCUUUCUUUGUUCUGUCCCUCCUUGGCUCGCACUGCCUCUUAGCAUGGCUCCAUACCGAAUGCAGACCUCUAACACAUGAUCCAGAGCUACAGUCAGUCAUCAGACCCUUCUGUCUGAGUAUAUCUCAUGCUCUUGUAACAUCCUCUGCCUUUCUCAGAGUCUGCAUCAGAUGUAAGCUCAACGGCUGUAUGCAUGAACCAGCCAAAUCAAAGGUUUGAGUGAUAAGACGCCAGCGAAUGUUGUUUUCGGUAGUGCAUCUUCAGAGGAAAGCCGUAUCUGCAAUAAGUAGAUUUUUUUUGAGAAUGAAGCAGAGAGGUCUAUGGUUUUGAAACCCAUUUAUCUGAUAGUGGGACUCAGCAUGGGCACAGACAGGUUUUAAACGUUUAACAGGUAAGAAAACUCAUUCAACACGUCAAUUAACAUGCCAGCUGAAGCGAGGAAAAGGAAAACACUGGGUUCCAUGAUUUCCCCCGACAGCAGUGAUAUGCUAACACAACCAGCACAGACCAGUUGUACUGAACAGAACUUCUCACCGGGUUGGAACCGAGAAGUCAUGGGUUAUGAAAAGAUGCUCUCUUUUCUCUGUAUACUAUUCUGAGUUACCCAUUCAAAGUAUUGUGUGUGUACUGUUUGGAGUAGAUGCUUGUUGAUUCGCCUUUUUUGGGUCUCUUGCAUGCAAGGUAGAUGGUAACUGUUCUAAAUGUCCUGCUUUAGGUCCUCUACUUUCAGUUACAUUUACAAAGGCUCAGUGUCCUUAAGGCAACAGAAUAUCCUCCAUUAAGACAAUAGGCGUUUUUGCACCGUAGGCACUUUUUUGUAGUUCUAAGAACAGUUGGAAGAACCGCUCCCCUUUUUGUUGUGUCCGCACUGCAAGAGCUGGGAACGAUCGUAGUUCUCAGAACACCGUUUUUUAGGCUCUACUUCAGCGUAGGUACUGUCCCGGCACAAGAGGAACGUCGAAAGAUGUAAGUUUACAUUGACUGGUCGAGCGGCUGGUUUGUCUCAGCCAGCAGCUAAGUUUACAAUAACCUGACUGAUGUUAAGAUAUAUGGCAAGCUAAUCUGAACAGUUGGACGACAUACAGAUACCUUUCAUUUCAGUAUGUAAGAAUUCGCUAUUAGCUGAGCUAGCACGUCAGAGCAUAUCAAUACUACAGUCUUCAAUAAUUUUGCCCUGAUGCCUAUUUAAUACGAGGUUACUAACCCAUCCCUAGGUAUUUCCCCCUGAAAUAUUUUGUUCAAGUGACAUAAAACAAAAUUUACCUGUCCUUGUACCUUGAUGAUAUGAAGUAAUGUUACUGCCAAUUGUUGUAAGAGUUUUCAUCUCUUAGCUCGCCAUAUUGCUCUUUUAACCGCAUAGUUCGCACAUAUUUUUUCCAACUCCGUUAUUGUCAUGAAACUAACGACCCACAACAAACACGUGCUCACAGAUCCGACCACGGCGUCUUCCAACUUGUUAUCAUGUGUUGUUGUCGUAUGUCGUGCGGAAGCGUCGUUGCUAUUCAAACCACUACCGGCCAGCCACGUCACUUCAGCAUUCAUCUUGGCGGAGUGAAUGCAAACAGAAGAAAAGCCCUUGAAGGUAUGUAGUUCUUGGGGGAGCUCCCCAGUUCCUCUAUUAUUAUUAUUAUAGAUUAAAGAACCUCCAACCUACCCAUUACAUUCAAGAAACUUCUGAACAUUGCAGAACCUUGGUCACACUUUGGACUGUGUAAGAAUGUUCUUGGACUUUAUAAACAAGUUGUAGGGUUCUCGUAUAUUCAGGCGUAAUCAGAAGCUACGUCCUUCUACAGCAGGGGUCGGCAAAUAAAUCUCGCAUCAGGCCAAUUUUUUUUAAGCCAUUGCAUGGCGGGCCAGAACAAAGUCAAAUUAUUUUAAAUCCUUGUAUACUCAUGCGCACGUUUAGCUUGGCGGUACCGUGAUACUAGUUUGAAAGGUUGUAAGAUCGACUCCAACUCACUGCGGAUAUUUAUUUCUUUAACAAAUUGAUUAUAAGGACACUUUUGCACAUACUCACAAUAAAACAUGUGCUGCUGCAGUGUGUGCGUCCCAGCGUUUGAUACCCAUUCAUAAACCUAAGGACGCUUAUUUUCAUUUCCCUGAGGAAAUUCAGGGAAAUCCAAUCGCACGUUUACUGACGGCUUUUUCAGAGGUGUGUCACGCAGGCCAGAGACUCUUUCGAGUGUCCUUCAGAACUCCUUAAAGUAAAAGCUCUCAAUAAACUAAACAUAAAGCAUUAUAGCAAAAAAUGCUCUUGUGCUUUUAUUUUGGAGGCACAAUCACUUAAGAGGAAGUGAUUAUAUGAGUAACUGUAGCUGUCAUGACUGAGAUCUAUUUCAGCACCAGCCGCUAUCAAUUUCUUUCGGGCCAGAUAUUAUAGCUGGCGUGCCGGUUCUGGCCCGUGUGCCGCCUAUUGCCGACCACUGUUCUACAUAAUGAAGAAUUAAUGCAGGAUGAAGAACCCUUCAGAUAUCCUGUGCUAGUUCUGGGAAAGCUCAUAAAAUCACAUUCAAACAUACCAAACAGUUCCUUUAAGGUCAGUAGGCGGUCAGUGUUGGUGGUAACAAUUAGCCGUGCUAGUUCCCUGGAGUAUGCAUCGCAUACAGUAUAAAGUGGGACUUCAAUUCAGUUCAAUGGCUACAACUGUUACUCCACCAAAGUGCCGGACACCUGUGUUGGCAUGCAUUAGAGGUAUUCUUUAUAAGGCAGUAUUAAAGAGUAUACUCUGGUAAAGAACUUAAUGAAAGGUUGAUGUUAUGGACUGUUAAAGGUUAUUUAAUAAUUCAACAUUUUAUCACUGAUGUUACAUUAAACAGAUGGAGACAAAUCUACAUUUUUACAGCAAUGGAAAGAAUCAGUUCAUGUUAAAACAACUGCAACUGUUGUGGGGUUUUGUCUUUGACAGAACAUUUUUAAAAUAAAUAUGUUAUCAAUUUUUUGUCUCACAGCUUCAGGCUGACGCACAAAGUUUCGGGAGUCGUUGACUGUUGCUAGCUACAAGAAAAGCUGGCAGGUAAUUUCACAUACAGUUAGACAGAUGACUCCAUUUGAGUCAAGAGAUUUAAGAUAUCUGUUCAAAUGUGUUGUUCUGUUCAAACGAAACAUAAAACUGAAGAACUUGCUAUUAUAUUCAUGGCUGUGUUGGAAUGGGCAUUCAGUAUGGUGCUGGGUUUAUAUCGACUCCAUUGUACAUAAAAAACUGAACAGUGUCAAAGGUCGGAUAAAGAGCCUGAACUGUACCGAGGCCACCUCUGCUCUGGUGCACAUAGGAAGGUAAAGUCAGUCAUCGUGACAGAGUUAUUGUUCUCAUUUACCAUGUGAACAUGAUUAAAAUCAAAUUUUAAUGAACAUUUUUAAGGGAUAAAGCUUAAGGUUUUUCUAUCCAGGCAUUUUUAAUUAUUACAUCAUAAAAUUACAUCACAAGGAGUCUGCACUAGCACGACUAAUGCUAAUGUGCCAGAUGUGGCUAGCCAGCUAGCCUUUUAGCUUUACAUUCUUACAUACUUGAGUUUUAGUGAUGCGAAAUAUUUUAAAGUAAAAGUUUAGUAAAAGUUAAAAAAAUGUACAAACGCUACAAGUUUGUAUUCUGAUAAUGAAUUCUCAAUAGUUGUACUGCAUUACAACCCAACGCUGUGGUGACUGAAGUGUGCUGGGGCUUAUCCAAGGUGCAUUGUUUGUCAAGCUAUGGGUCUAUGAGUCAGGGCCAUAAAGUAAUAUAAAAGUAAUGAAGUAAUAUCUUCAAAGAAAAAAUAACUUAUAACAUAUGUGGACGGAGGAUGGGAAAGAUUUAAGAGUUCCUCUUGAAAGCUAUCAUGCUGUUUUUAGACACAAAUAAUAAUAACAAUGAAAAAUAAAAAACUGCAGUUUUAACAAGAGAUUCAGUAUAAACUAUUGAGAGUCAAUAAACAUCUAAUACCAAGGCAAUAAAUGAUCUAACAAUAAAAUUAAAUGUUUCAAUAAGAGGAAGAGAUGGCUCUGAAGGAAAUCUAUCUAUCUAUCUAUCUAUCUAUCUAUCUGUCUAAAGUGGUAUAGGAGUUAGACAUCUCUUCCAUUGCCAAAGCACCUGUGUGACAGCAACAACACAAUCAACACAAAGUAUAAACAGUCUCUCUAGUUCUGUUUCAGGGUUAACAACUGUGUGUUCAGUGUUUUUCAGUUUUGUCUUUGUGUUUUGGGUCUGAAACCUGAUUUUCUGAGUCCGCCUGUGGAAAGUCUGUGAGCUGCAUGCAACUGAACCGCUUUAUCUAAUCUAAGAAUCUAAGCGAAUCUAAGUUCACAGAUUAAUUUUCUAUUGUUAAAUUACUGUAUGUAUUGUUUGUUUUUUUAUCUUUUGACUUGGUUUAGCUAUAUUUGUAUAGUACUCCUCUUCAAAUUACAAAGUGGAUUAAGACUUUUGUGAAUUUUCUUGAAUAUGUUUAUUUAUAUUGCACCUUGUCCGAAUUGUUUUCCUGCUCUUUUCUUAUUUUGAGGGGGGUAGUUUUCUUUUCUUUUGUGCUGAUUUGCCCUCUAUGGCGACAUGUAUUCUAACCUCAAUGAGGGACUUGUACAGUGUUACACUCCAUUUUAUCCUUUUUUGUCAACCUCGGCCACAUUACCUCCCUGAGUUAAAUUUCAUUAUCGCUCUCUGAUUGUCAGAUGCAGCAAAGCGAUCCUGUUUCCUCAGAGACAUAGCAGGAAUAUUCUCUCUGGUUCGGCUAAACUUGAAAAGAGUCUGCUUUUCUGGCUGACUUUAUCUGCGUGUGCGGCUAAAUUCAUGUUAACUCUUUCUAAAAACAUCUACCUUAAUGUCCAAUCAAUAUCAAAAACUCAUUAAUAAACUAGUAAAUCACACACAGGGGCAGCUGUGGCUUAGAGGCAGAGCAGGUCGUCCACAAAUAGGAAGAUCAGAUGUUUGAUAUCCGGCUUGGCCAAGACACUGAUCCCCAAAAAUGCUACCGAAGGGCAUUAGUGUAAAAAUAUGUGUGUGUGAAUGGGUGAAUGUUGACGUAGGCUAGUGUAAAGCGCUCUUAAUGGUCGUUAUAUGUGAGUGCAGUCUUUACAAAAGGAAUCAACACCACUGUUACUAUUAACUGAACUAUUGUUGCCUCCUUGAAUCCUUUUGUCUGUGCAUUUAAUAUGAAGGUACAGAGCCAGUUAGCUUAGCAUAAAGACUGAAAAAACAGUUUGCCUUGAUCUGUCCAACACCAGAGCUUAAUCAAAUAAUUAAUCGCCUUCUUACCGAAUUAGACGAGAAGAUUGAUACCACUAUCCUAUGUGUUUAAUAUGAAGCUAUAGAGCCAGCAGCCACUUAGCUUAGCUUAGCAUAAAAACUGAAAACAGGGAAGUUAGCCUGGCUCUGUCCAACAGUAAAAGAGUUAAUUAACUGCUUAAAAGGAAUAGUUAAGCAUUUUGGGAAAUAUGCUCAUUGGCUUUCUUGCUAAGAGCUAUGAGAACAUUGAUACUCUCAUAUCUGUACAGCCAGCAGUCAGCUAACUUAGCUUAGCAUAGAGAGUGGAAACGUGGCGAAAGAAUUAGCCUGGCUCUGUCCAAACGUUUUUUUUUUUAUCUUUUAAAUGGACCUAACAGUAACUCUAAAGCUCAGUAUUUGUGAGUAAUUUAAGGACAUUUAAGAGAUAAAAUUAUUUGUUUUUCAUGUGGGGUUUUUAGGCCCCACCCAAGUGGUUUAACUUAACCACUGAGGUUACUUCUGCUCUCAUGACCGCACAGUCUGCACUAUGAUUUUGUGUGUAAUAUUGUGGCCUCGGUCGGACCUGUGGCUGUGUUACAUAAUGCUGUAUGCCUUGUGGCUGUAUAAAAUAGCCCCCAUGCUUAAGGGACCUGGUGUCUUCUAGUGAGCUACGUGUGUGUGUGUGCGUGUGUGUGUGUGUGGGGGGGGGGAAUACACACACCUUGUUGCAUUUUAUUUAUGUAUUGUAUGUAUUAAUUUGGUUAUUUAUUUAUUUAUUUAUUUGUUCCUUGUUUAUUGGUUUGGCACCUGUGGCGUAUUUGACAAUUUGUCAAUACAUUGGUGUAUGAUGUGGAGGAGGGGAGGGGAGGUGAAUGGGUGGAGGGAGGGGGCACGUGGUCAAUGGAAAAACCUAGCUGUGAUACUAACUCUUAACUGUUGCUCUCCUCGUAUUGGAUGAUGAUAUAAUCUAAGACCACUGUAUGUUUAACUGCUUGUCGUGAAGAUGAUCUACAGUGUAAUGACAAUAAAGAAUUAACACUAUGAUGACA